ACUGUAACCUCAGAGCAAGCUGGAACAAGAAAUUACUUGAUGUAUACAGUCUUAUUUUUAUCUUAUUUAACCUCACUGUAAGUUUAAACAAUGAUAUUCCGGGUUGUGACUUGGAUAACCAUGUGUUUGUGAUGUGAUACUGUUGUCACCUCCUCAAUAUCAUCCCUUUAAAUCUCUGCCCUGUUUUUUAUAAAUGCCUCUCUUCUCAUCCCCAGAAGAGACCGCCAUCACAUCAGCGUCACAGUCAGCUUCAGCUGUUUCUCCCACCCAUCAUAUAUUUAAAGUGGCUGUUCAAUGCCGAAUACAUCAGAUGUUCAGGGAGGGAACCUGUCUGGGCCAGAAGAGCCAUCAGGGCAGCAGAGGACAACUGAAGGGGAGGAGGGCCGCAGCCUGAUCAGCUCCCUGGCCCGGGACGCCGCCAGAGCGAGGAGGGCUUCCAGUGUCGAGCUCAACCUGCCGUGGAACUGCCCGGUCACUCACUCCAGAGAAAAGUUCUACACAGUUUGCUCAGACUAUGCUUUCCUCAACCAGGCUGCUUCGGUGUAUUGUCCCCCGAGCACAGCCAGGGACGAUGUACAGAUCAAGCAGGAUGAUGGGUCCACGCUGAUGAAGACCAAACCCUCAGUUGACUUCAGCUCUUGUGGGGCCCAUGUGGGAUCAGACGGGGACUAUGAAAUGGAGCAAGUGUCCUCUGGCAACACCAAACCCAUUCUGGCUUGGGAGAUCGACACAGUAGACUUCGAUGCCGUGCUUAUGAGAAAAAUAAGAACAAGCAAUGUGAAGAAAUGCAGCACCAAGAAGAUGAAGUCAUCAGACAGACCCAGUCGCAAUCUGCAAGACAUCCCUCCUCACGCCUCCACGGAGGAGAUCAAACAGCGAAAGGUGCUCGACCUCAGAAGAUGGUAUUGCAUCAGUCGGCCCCAGUACAAGACUUCCUGUGGAAUCUCCUCUUUGGUGUCUGUUUGGAACUUUUUGUACAGCACUUUGGGUGCAGGAAGUCUCCCACCCAUCUCUCAGGAGGAGGCUCUGCAUAUUCUUGGCUUUCAGCCGCCUUUUGAGGAAAUAAAGUUUGGUCCUUUCACCGGAAACGCUACUCUAAUGCGGUGGUUCAGACAAAUCAACGAAAACUUCAGAAUGCGAGGUUGCUCCUACAUUCUGUACAAACCCCAUGGAAAACACAAGACUGCAGGAGAAACAGCGGAAGGAGCGUUGAUGAAGCUGACCCAAGGGCUGAAGGAUGAGUCCAUGGCCUACAUUUACCACUGCCAGAACCACUACUUCUGCCCUGUGGGCUUUGAAGCUACACCACUCAAAGCAGCAAAAGCUUACAGGGGCCCUCUACCCACAAAUGAAAUGGAGCACUGGAUCCUCAUCGGAGAGCCCAGCAGGAAACACCCAGCUAUUCAUUGUAAAAAGUGGCUGGACAUUGUGACUGACCUCAACACACAGAACCCAGAAUACCUGGACAUUCGUCACACAGAGAGGGGGAUCCAGCAGCGCAAAACCAAAAAGGUGGGCGGCAACCUGCACUGCAUCAUGGCGUUCCAGAGGGUGAACUGGCAGAAGCUCGGCCCCUGGGCGAUGAAUCUGGAGAACCUGCGCCACGACUUUCACCCCUCCAGCACGGAGCGGGCCCACGGACACGUCCCAGAGGACACGGAGGAGAGUACGUCGAGUAAACGCCUGGCCCACCUGGGACGCUCGCACAGUAUGGGAAGUCAGAAAGACACCAGCUGGAAACGCCUGUCCAACACCACAGAGUACAGACGGAAGAGCUCCCCUGACAGCGACCUCCAAGAAGACAUCACAGACUGAAAAGGCUCAGCGGGACAUACACGGGAGGACAAAAUAACACAAUUCUUAAGAUACAGUUACAGAAAAAGUCUACAGGUGUUCUGUAUUUUAUCGUCAAUAUAUGUAUAACAAAAAACAAUAUCAGUCCAACUGUCUGUACGUUCUGUGUGGCACUGAACUCAAAACUCAUAAGUUCAUACUGAAGAUGUUAAUGUUUAAAAAUGCACCCUUAAUAUAUGGUUUCAAAACGUAAUGUCCUACCACCGCUGGGCCUUGUAGUUUCUAAUCAAACUAUAUUUAAACAGAAGUAGAAGAAGAACGGGAAAAAUAUUUUUAAGCAGUGGAUUAAUACAAUCAAGGCUCUUGCUGGUAUCCCCCCAGCAUUAUGGAAAAAUAAACUACGAUUUAUAUGUUUCGUUAUAAUGAACUGACGUUUACCAAAUCUGAGCAAUAAUAGAGUUCUGUGUAGAAAGGCAUGAGUUCUGGACACACAAGCAUUUCUUGUUCGGAGGAUAAAUGUUGGGAUUUGUUCUUAACAAGAAGAAUACAAAAUAACACCAGACUUCUCUUCUUUUAGUAUUAACUUUAGAUUAAGAUUCAACUCAGCUGUCAGCUUGAGGCUUUAACCUAGUUUGCAUUGAAUUUAAUCAAAUAUUCUGUGGAAGCUAGUGUUGGUGAGGGUCUGCAAACUGGGGACUGAUGCACCAGCAACCAUAUACAAGUCACAGUUACACAAUUAGUUACACCCGUGAGCCGUAUUAAAUCGAUGGCGCUAUUACUGUCUGACUUUCGAGGCGGCGGACGACACUUUGCAGCCCCAUGGAGGACAGAUGGUUGCUGUCUGGAUUGCUUGAGCAUCAGUUUCAAAUAGUGCAGUCGUUCUUUAAAAUUCUGGUGACGCAUUGCAAACAGAAGAAUACUUCAGUGUUAAAGAGAGACAGUAGAUACCUCCUGACCCAAACAUUGAACCCUUAAAAAUGAAGAUCGGUGAAUCAACACUCCUUAAAGCAUGAGUAUCACGGGGGUACAGCACUGGAAGGUGUUUCUUUUAUUUUUUCCACCUGUGUAUUUACAUUCCCAUGUGACAGUAACACUACAAGAUUAUUUUCAUUUGAUCAAACCCAUUUCUUUGUGUUAAGUUAUGUUUCAGUCACAUCGUCUUUACCUCCCUGCUUUGAUACUGUAUUAGAGUACAUUAUAUUCAGCUCUUGCUGUCUUAGGAAACAUGAUAAUGACAUAUUUUGCUGUGAAUUCAGAUCAAAGAUCAUCCCUUCAUAUUCCAUAGUAGAGGUACAGUGAGUGGGCUUGUUUUGUGCCUGACGUACAGUGGUUAGUUCAGUGGAUAUUCCGUCGAGUCCCACAUGUUGUUAAAGCAGCUGUUGUGCUUAGUGAAACCUUCAUUGCGAUGGUUGCAUAGACCCUUCCAGUUUUUAAAAGACGGGAUUCUGUACAGAAGUGAUGGUGGAAUCCUUCACGCACCUUGAAACAAAAUGUGAACGACUACAUGGUUUUAUUUUUUCUGUUUAUGUACACAUUUAAUUUAUUCUUACACUUUUACCAAGAAGGUCUUUGUCUUUGUCCCAAUACAGAUGUCAUCGUGUACCCAAAUGGUUUUGAUGUAGUGGUAUAUUUAAUUUAUUUUACAAUAAAUGAAGAUUUUUACAAACUCCCAGAA